CUGCGUCCGUUCACUCCGCCAAUGCAGAAAUCAGACUUUGACAAAGAUUUUGAAAUUGCAUWUGAGGUGAUGAGAGAUGAUUUGGGCUCCGAGUUACUAAAACAUGGAUUAACGUUUCAAGCAUACAAUAGCUGUAAUGGGUCUUUACUUGGAGUGAGGAAUGGUCUACGAGGAUAUGACAAGGACAAAAUAAUGUCGAGAGACGCUCAGCGAAGUAGCUGCUCAAAUUCAUGGCAGACUUUCCCAAAGGAUUCCUUUCAAGCAGUUCCUAGUCCUUCACUCAGUGUCGAUGAAGAAAGCAUAAUGGAUGGUGCGUUCUCUCUUUGGGACGAGACAGAAUACAACGAUUGCUUCACAUCGGAUAAAAAUAACGUUCAUUCUACAUUCAAGGCAGAGUAUUAUUCUUCUGAAGUCUCCAUUGUUACCGGACAAAUAGGAAGCAUAAAUCUGUUAAAUAAUACACGUGUUCCUAUUCACGAUCUCCACAUUAACUUCAUGGACCUAAAGAGGUUGUACAUAAUCAAAGAUUUAGAAACUGAUAAUCAAGAAAAAACAACAGUUUUCUUGAAAGCAACGUGCAAAAUUAAGCAGGUCCAAGUKUAUAUUAAGGAAUGUCAUCCCGAGUCUUCACCAAGCUCAUUUGUUGAYCCUCUUGCACUAAAGUCAGAAUUUGAUCMACUUACGGGCUUGCUGACUGUAUACCUGAAUUUUGCGUCGUUCCCUUCUUUGUGGUUGGUUGAUAAAAGUACAAGGCUGCAACUAUACGUAGUGACGCAGUUUGAGGAUGGUAAAUCUCAGUGUUGCUGUUCUAGURUGUUUGAAAUGCAGGAAUCAGCAACAGCCAGUGAUUGUCUAGAAAGUCAAAGAAAUUGCUACCAGUUCAAUGGCUACCCCAUGGAGGAGUUUUCAUCAGAAUYAUCGAGUCCUACCCGUGUCAGGGUCAGCAGUGAAAGCGAUGCAAGCAUAGUAAAUGAUGAGCAAGUAGUUGAUGAGCCGACUUCUAUUUCUCUUUUACCAAAUUCAGAGCUCACUUCCAAUAACAUUAAAUACGAACUCUGCCAAGAAAAUGGCAUUACCCAUAUCCAAGAGCAGUCAGAGUUUCCUGGGCUUCUAAAGCUCGUCAAACGCAAAGUCCACAGGGACCCCAUGGGAAGAAGACGAGCAAACGGUUUCCGGUCUGCAGAGGAAGCUUUUCAGUGGGURUGCGGGCAUUGCUUCUUUCGAAGACUAAAAAAAUCAACCGUGAGAUCUCAUGUUCUUCGCAAAGUCUGCCAUCGAAAUAGAAGAAUCUUCGCUGAAAGUCAGUAUCGAGGGCAUAACAAGGCAGUAUUUCGUCGUUCCAACACGUUCCCACAAUGCACCGAAAGUGUUUUUACGUAUGGCGAUMKGAUUGAAUCUAAAACGCCUUAAAAAAGACCAGUGACUUUAUAUAGUACUAGCUGAGCGCCUCCUCUGUAAAAGAUUGAUAGAAUGUAUACUGUAGUUUUGUAGUUUUAAUUUGUACUUUUGACUGACUACUGUACUCUACCAUACUCCAAAGAGUAGUGGUACCAGUAUUCACUAAAAAGACGACAUUGUACAGAAGACGAGACUCACAGAAGACAAGCUUUAUAACUAUUAGCUCGGUAUUAUGACAGGAUUUGCGCUCUUAAUCUAAUCAUACUGUGCACGCAGUAUGAUUUCGUAUUUUAAUAUCAUUUCAAAAGAGGGGUCGCGCAAAUAACAAUAUGUACUUUAGCUAAUAAGAGAUUUUUACUGCAUGUAAAUUGAAACAACGUUUUAACGACCAUUUUAUACAUGUAUAUACAUAAAAUGUAUAUACAUUUUAUACAUAAAAUGUAUAUACGGUUAAAAAUAUAUUUAAGCUAUCGCUUGAACGAUAUGCACUUUUGUAGGCAUAGAAAUUUUAUCUCAAGUUUUUAGACUUGAAAAUCAUAGAAAAGAGCCAUCACCGAAUAUAUUCGUAGAUGCUCCGUUUUUAUCUUCAAAAGAUGAAUACAUUAGAAAUACUAGUUCUACUAGUUGUUAAUUGAAAUAUAGAGUUAAUCUGUCGUUUUUAUAAAGAAUGACUGUAAGUAUAUCCCGCCAUGACAGAGCUACAUUAUUGUUGGCUAUGGCUCUUUUCUUAGUAUAACAAUUUUAUAAAAAGAWUGAUCAAUUGCUAAUCCGUGAAACAAAAACAGUACUGCUCGAAUAUGAUUUUUCUUUCGCUGAGAACUCAAAGGAUUUAGGAAUAUAUAACCCCAAUUGUUGUUCAUUUUUAGGAAUUAACUUUAAGUUUUGUUUAAUAACCUCUUCAGUUGCUAAAACCACGUAAAAAGAAUAAUAAUUAGCACAUAAUAUCAGUAAGUUAUUUUGCAAGUUCGAUUGGCUUAUUCUUGUGUUUUCUAUCGUCCAAUCAACACUAUUUAGUUAUAAUUAGUAAUAUUKGUUUCACAGAUUUAGUGAGUCCAUUCUAUAGCUAGUUUGUGACAUUAGAAGAGUUAGGCCAGGUUAACCUACCCAAUAUAAUCAUAAGCUCAAGAAACAAUACAUUUAGGAACAUGAUGAAGACGAAAGGACAGUGAUUUUCUUUGUUUGUAUUAUACAUUUGUCUUUUUCUUAUUUUAAUUUGCUUAUGCAAACUUUUUCAAUCUUUUUGUCUUUUCUUUUGUUCUUGUUURCUUGUGAUUAUUUCGUAGUGUGAACCGGCUUGUUCACCAAGAUUUUGAGGUGARCUCUCUUGCAGGUGUAAUUAUAGUUUGUACAAAUAUGAAUGGGAGUAAUCUUCAUAAGCCCAUGAAAUACAAUUUAGAGUACCACAGUGAUAAUUCAUUUUGUAUUUUUUAACCUUGUUUUGGCAUUUCACARGUUUAACUUCGACUCUGGCCAUUCCUCAGUACACUUUCUUUCAUGGGAUUAUGAAAUUUACUCAAGUUUAUAUAUAUAUCUAUAUAUAGUUUGACGUCUUCAAAAGACAACACAAGUACUAUACGGUCGUAUACAUAUAUGAGAGCGUAUAAUAGAUUUUAUUCUAUAGUACUAUCAAAAUAGUACUUAAUUGUAUAGAUAGAGAUUGAGAGAGAUCUGUAAUUUCCUCAUAUUUACCAUUUGCAAUUUUGAAAUAAAUCAAAUUUGAAAUUA